CUUCCCAUUUGAACUGAGUGGCAGAUAUCCAAUGGUUGAGAUUAAUGUUUUAUAAAAAAAAAUUGUAUUUGACUGAUUUCCAACAAAACUAAACUUAAUUCAAACAAAAAAUGUGUUUCUUUGUAACUUUCCUGACCCCUAGACAUCCUUGUCACAGUUAUGAAGCUGCUCUUUACCAACGGAUGAAAGGAGUGUCAGUAAAGGUUGUGUCAGAGCUUAUUCUUUGAACCUCUCAACCGAAGUCCCAUUCAAGUUUUGUAACGGAAUCCAUGAUUGGUCUUACCUAGCACCCCUGCGGACAUUUGACCUACAAAUGUGAUGUGACCCUAAAGUGUGCAGGGGAAAUCAGGGGUUGUUUGUCGACUGUGGUACGUGGCAGGCAGCAGAUAAAGUAGAAGAGAAGGAACAGGUGGAGGACAGUAUGCCUGAAGAGGAGACAGAAACAAAAGAUGAGCCUCCAAAAGAGGAAGAAAUGGAAGAUGACACAACUAAAGUUGAAGAGAAGGAGGAGGAGAAAGUAGAGGAGAAAGAGGAAAAGGAAGAAACAAAGCAAGAGACACCAGUAAAGGAAACACCUGAAACUCCCCCAAAAGAAGAUGCGCGACCUCUUUAUGACCAACCCUUAGAGAUGAGUGGCAAGAGAGACCGUAAAAAGGUGGAGAGAUUUGUUCAAGAGGCCAAGAAAGAAGAGCCUGAAGCCUCAGGGAAAGGUGCAGCACUUGGGGACAUUCCAUACAUUAAUGCCAUGAUCAUGAAAAUGCAAAUAGAUGACCUAAAAGUUUUACACAGAGUUGCGUACAGUCGGCCUGGAAGUGGGAAUGAGGUGAAAAAGAACUUAAGGAAAUUUAAUGGCUUCCCAUUUACGAAAGAGGACAAAAAGUACAAUUUGAAAUUAAGUAAUGUAGAGAGGAUUUUAAUGUCCGAGAUCAAGAAGAUGCUUUUGAUUUUGGGCUUGGAGCGUGCUGGCAACAAAGGUGAGGUUGUUGAGAGAUUGAUGGAGUUCAUGCUAAAUCCUGAAGAUAGGGGACGGAAACCCCCCACAGUUGCAAAGACCAAAGCAAGAGGAAGACCCAAAAAGGGAACACAAGGGAAGAAGAAAAAGAAUAACACAUCAAAUGAGUCUAUCAAGAGUGGAGAAAGUGGGAGCGAUGAGUCAGGUGAUAGCGGAGAAGAGGAAGUGGAGGAGGAAGAGGAAGAAGAAAAGCCCAAGAAAACACAGAAGAAAACACCUGCAAAAAAGCCCCAGGCCAAGAGGGCAACACCAGCCAAAAAAGCAAUGCCUGCUAAGCGUUCAAAGGCUAUUGCCUCUGCAGACUCUGAUUCUGACUCGGAUGAUGAGCCUCUUGCAAAGAAAGUCAAGCAACCUCCUACAGAUGUUGAGUUGAAGGCAAUGGUGAAGAAGAUCUUAGAUGGCGCCAAUUUAGAAGAAAUCACAAUGAAAAGUGUGUGUCGACAAGUGUACGAUAAUUACCCAGACUUUGACUUAACUCACAAAAAAGACUUCAUAAAGGAAACAGUAAAAUCAAUUAUAUCGUGAUCAGUUGGCACAACCAUCUUUACCAUAGUACAAAGUGUUCAUAUACUUUUUUUUUCUUCUCUUUUAUUUCUUUAUUUUUCUUUAUAUUUUUUUAUGAUAUAUACUAAUGUCAGAGAUAGCUAUUUUCCAAAUCUAGCAAAAUUGCUACUUUGCAAAUCUUUUAAAAGAUAUAGUUAAUUAAUGAUAAUAGUAAUUAAUGUGGAUGAAGUUUUGAGGCAUAUUUUAUGCAAAAAAAAGAAAAUGAAUCAUAGUUAAGGUUACUAAGUAAAUUUUAUAAGCACUUUUCUUUAUAAACUAUACAAAAGUACACUAUGUAUAUGUUUUGAUAUGUUUGAAGGUUGCCUCUUCUAUUAUGCAGGUUGCAGCUAAAUGUAACAAAAAUCUUGAAAAUGUCCACAAAGCAUCAAGAAUGACACAGAAUCCCUGCAAAAAUGGGUUCUGUGGUAAUCCAUUUCAUGUCUUGAGCCCGUCUUGACAGUCGUUUGUAGUGUAUUUGUAGGAGCGACGAAUUUCAAGAAGGCUUAAUGUUAUAGGCUGUGUGUUACUUGUUUGGUUAGAGAGUGUGAGUACUGUACCUCCUCAUGCUAUGAUACGGAAAUGGUUACCUGUAUUUUUGCAUUUUUAACUUAUUCAAAAAGACUUGAUACAAGUAGAAACUGUAUUUGGUUAUUUCUGGAGAAAUGGAAAUAGGCAGAGAAAAGAGAUAACAAGACAGACAUACCUUGUGUUCCAUUUAGGCAACUAUUGGUAUAUGAUCAUUGUAAAUGGAACCAAAAUACAAUUUAGAAAUAUUUCUUGUCAUAAAUUCUGCACUUGAGAGAUUUUUAACCACCUCUUUGUUUUACUUUUAUUUUUUUCUGACUGCUUUUAUUAUUGUUGUUUCAAGAUUAUGUUGUUGUUUUCUUUUCAAAAUUGCAGAAUAGGAAAGUCAACAAAAGCAAAAGACUUCCAUAUUUGUUAAAUGUGCCAUUUUUCUCCCCCACUCAUACCUCCUCACUACAAGUUGAAAAAGAAUACUUACCCAGAUCACCAUAUCCUUUGUAGACUGUAGGAGAGACACUUACAAAAAAGUAUUAUUUUAUUUAUGCAACGUCCGCCACUGUUAAAGAGGAGGAAUCGACUUAAAAAGAAUAUAUAUGGAACAAAAAUUUUUCACCAGGACAAUGAUUUAGUUCAAUGUGAUUAAUUGAGAGCAGGAAAGGGAAAAAAAAAAAUGAUUUUGUACAUCUUUUUUAAAUGUGCCCGGAAGUCCGUAUAAAUUAUAUUUUUUUGUAUGGUAAUGCAGAAUUGUUCUGUUUUUUAUGCGUGUGUGAUAAUUAUUGACAUGCUUUUUGCUCUAACAUCCAAGUUAUUGAAGAGAGAGAGAGAAAAAAAAGAUCAGAAGAUUUUGAGGGAUCUUUUAGAAGUCCUUUUAGAAUUAAAUCUCUUGAGGUUGUAUACUCCCAUUGCUAUUCCUUGUUUUUUAUCUUCUUAUUUAUUUCUUGAAGGUUUGUUGUCAUUAUUGUUUGUUAUUGGUUGGUGUAAUAGUCUGUCUUUUUAAGACCUUCAUCCGUUAUUGAUUUCAUAAUGUAUAUUUUCAUUGUUAUAUUUAUUGUUUAUUAUUAUUCUAGUAAUUAUUAUUAUUAUUAUUAUUAUUAUUAUUGUUGUUAUUAUUAUUAUUAUUGUUAUUGUCAUUAUUAUUAUUAUUAUUAUUAUUAUUAUUAUUAUUAUUAUUAUUAUUAUUAUUAUUACUGUUACCAUUACUAUUAUUAUUGUUAUUGUUAUUCAAAAGGCAAAUGUUAAAUGCACCUUAAAAUUUUGAAUCCAAAGCAUUAUUUGCUAGCUUCAAUUUUUAAGUAAUUAUUCCUUAAAGUUUAAAGACUUUGGGAACAGGGUCAGCUAUGACAUAUUUGCCCAUGACCAUUUUUAUGCAAAGUCAAAUUUGCACUAGAUUUAAUGUUGCCCUAAGGAAACUAUAUUUUGAACAGCACUCAAGAAUUUUAUUGGCAUUCGUGAAAUUAUAUGUAUUUCAUGAUAAAUCUUCAACAUUCAAAUUAAAACCAUUUCUUUGGUUAUGGAAAUAAUUUGCUCAGAUAACUUGGUUGGUCAUGCGUGACCUGUAGUUGAGCAAAGAAUUUUUAACAGGGCAUAUAAUCAUUAGUGAUUUUAAUCGAUCAAAAACCUGUAAAUGGAGUAUAGUUUUUGAUUAUAUUGUAUUGAUCAAAAAGUAUACUGUCAAAACAUAUACCAAGUUUCAUCCAGUCUAAAAAGGAUAACAAAGGCUAACUUGGAAGUUUUAAGUUCUAAAAAAGCAGCUCAAAAUCUCUGAUCUUUUACAUUUACAAAUUUUACCUACCCCUUUUUUACCAGAUAAGGUCAUGGCAAAAUGUAAGAUUAUUCUAAUAAAGUAGGUUUUAGAUA